AUGGAUUUUCAAAUGGAAAAUUUAGAACUAUUAUGUUUGGUUUGUCAAAAACCAUCAAAUGGUAUGCAUUUUGGAGCUGUUACUUGUCGAGCAUGUGCUGCAUUUUUCAGGUAAUGUAAAUUUUCAGACAACUUCAAUAAUUCUAAUUUUCAGACGAACUAUUGUAUUCAAUACCCAAUAUGAAUGUUUGAAAGGGAAUAAUAAUUGUAUUGUUGAUAAUAGAAAAAAAUAUGUAUGUAAAUCAUGUAGAUUUUCAAAAUGUCUAAAAGUUGGAAUGACAUCUGAAAGUAAGGUUUUUUUCUAAAAUUUCAAGUAUAUAAUUGAAUAUUUGUUUUCACAGAAGUUAAACUAAAUUAUGAUCCAAUUUUAUCAAUGAGAGAAUUAUUUGAUGAUUAUUCAGAAGAUUCAACUACGAGUUCAUCACCAAGUUAUUCAAAUUCCGAAAAAGAAGAUGAUGAUUUUGUAUUCAAUUUUGCACCAAAAUCUUCAAACAAAACGAUUGCAAUUAUCGAUUUUUCAGAUGUAACAAAACAAAUCGAAUAUAUAUUUGAUUCUAAUGAAGAAAAAAAUCAUGCUCUAGAUUUUCAAAGAAAUCCAAUAAUAAUUGAAAUUAAUCAAAUGGAAAUAUUUGACAUGAUAAAUCUAAUGAAAAAUGAAAUCAUUCCAAAAUGGACUCGUUGGAUUAAUUCUCAUUCUUUAUUAAAAUCAAUCAAUAAACAACAAAAAUUACAAAUAAUUCGAAAUUCAUGGAAUAUUUUACAUACUUUUGAAAGAUUAUACAUUACAUCCAAGUAUGACGGAUUUUCAAAAUCAAAUGGAAUUUUGGUUUCUGAUGGUUUAUUAUGGAUUUGUGGCAGAAGUUAUUACAAUAUAUCAAGUAUUUCCGAAAUGACCAAUAAAUAUUUUUCAAAGUAAGUUCUGAUUUAUUUCAAAAUCUUAAACUAAAAAGUAUUCAAUUGUAGAUUAUUCGAUCCGUAUCUUCAAAGAUUUCAUGAUGAAAUUGGUAAAAAGUUAUAUGAACUCAAAUUAGCUGAUGAAGAGUUAAAAUUUUGUUUAAUUCAAUUGUUAGGAUAUGACACAACUGAUUUAACAGAUAAAACUAUUGAAAUUAUUGAAGAAUUAAAAGAUCAAGUUGCUAAUGAGAUGCAUUAUUUUUAUUCAAAUGAUUUUAAUUUAACUAAUUAUUCAUGUCGAUUGAUUAGAUUAUUGAAUAUUGUGAAAAAUAUGAAGGUAACACUCAGAAUUCAUAUUGUCAAACUGAAAAUGAAAAAAAUUACAAUUUCAGAAAAUUACAAACGAGAAAAAUAAAAUCAAAGAGUUAUUCUACAUUUUCGAUAUUUUUCAUGCCGACAUUUCAGAUUAUUAUUUUUUUGAUAUUUUUUAAUUAUUUUAUUGAACAUAACAUUUUUUAAUUUGUUUAUAUUUCGUUUCGAAGUUGCCUUGAAUGAACCUUUUUUUUGAUUUUUUCUAAAUGAAAAACAGAAAAACCAACUUGAGAAAAUGAAAAAAUGAUUUGAUGCCUGUUUGAAGUUUGAAAACAAUAUUUUAUCGGAAAAAUGUUCGCACUUGCUUCGCAGCGAUGGAAAUAAGGAACUAUUUGAAGGUGUUUUUUAAGUUUUAGAAAAACCUUGCAGUAUCAAAUUAACCAAUGUCAUAAAAACCCGUGCCUCUGGAAAUAGAACAAGAAAAAGCGGUUAGUAUUAUGUGCUAGUGUGGUUUUAGAGCAUUAUGAGAUGCUAGAUCCCAGGCUUGACGGUCUCUUUUUGUUUACGUUAUUCAUGAAUUCAAUGUGGUAUUUCAGCAAAAAAAAUCGGACGAAAAUUGAUAUGAAAGGAGCAGAGAAAAUUCGAAAAAAAGAAACACAAAGGUAACCUGAUUUUCAGCAAAAAAAACGCACACUGGUCGAGAUGAAAAUAUUACAAGAGGUGAUGUGAGACGAAUCGGAGGAUUAAAGGUUACAUAACCAUUUUUCAUACAAAAAAAAGAAGUUCGCCAGGCCCAGCGAACCUUCGCCCGCGCAGAUAAGGUUCGCCAAGCGAAAGUGGAGGUUCGCCGGGCGAAUGUAAGAGUUCACCGGCGAGGGCCGGGCGAACUUUAUUAGACACGGGUACAGGUUCAGUUGAUCGGAGCCGAUUUUGAAGGUUUUUUUUAAUUGGACCAGGAUGAAAAUGUUUUUAAAAGAAUUGAAUACCCCAGAAAUAACGUUUUAUUCCUAUUGAUAAUUUGUCACCCUGGUUCUAUUGAAACACUGCUGAUAAGUUUUAUGAAAAACAGGAAAUCAAGUUUCUCUGGGUGUUUCUUUGAUCUGAUCUGUAUACAGUCAUCAAUAUUAUCAUCUGUGAUUUUCAAUUUUUUUUAUUUUCUUCUCAUAAGACAGACAAAAAGCGAAAACAAUUUUCAGUUCGGAACAAUUAUUUUCUACAGAUAUACAUCGCAAAUCGUAAAUCUUUGAAAUGCAUCUAGAAAACACAUCAUGAUAACAAUUGUUUCAUACAAGCUAUGAUCAGGGAUUUUUGGAGCACCGUAUGAAAUGAUGAUUUCGGAAGGUUGGUUAGAACCCUGAAUUUCCGCACACACCCAGUUUCAACUCAAAAAUUGAAAUAUCCCCAGAUAUCAAAAAACAUCUUUUUUGAACCUUCUGAAAAUUUUAAUUUCAUACUUUCAUGAUAAAAUUUUGAUAAAGGAGUUGUCCUUCUACGUGAGAAAGGAAGUCCGCAAUUGUGUUUCACUAUUUUCAUCUAACUAUAAACUAGCAUAAACUUGAUCUGAGACACCCAAAAAUAAAUGUUUGAGUGUAAACUCCUAUUCAGCUAAUCUUCCUUCGGAGAAUGACUACCUCUUUAAAUCAGGGCUGAUUUCUGGCAACUAUUCAACACAAAAAAAAUGAGAACACAUUUUUUUCCUCGAAGAUUGUGUCGCUUAAAUCUUAUCGAUCAAGAGAUCGAACAGCUGACAAAUUUUUUUCGAAUUUCUGCCAUAUAAAAUGAAGUUUUUUCAAACACAAUAUCAUUGUUUUCACUCAGCUUGUCAAUUUUCUAGCUAAAAAUGGGAAAGAAAAUGGUCAUUUCAGUCAUAAUGUUGAUUCCUACCCUUUUUAUGGUGCUGAAUGUUCCAAUGUAUAAUAUUGCCAAGAAUAAUUCAAGAGCAAAAAUGUUGCCGAUUUUCGAAAAAUGGCACAAUUGUGCGGUUCUGAAUUAUGAUUUCAAAUUGGCGCCGAAAGAUGUAAGUUUUGUAUAAAAGAUUGAAAAACUCUUCAAAAAGUAUCAUUUAGUUCUGGAACUCAGCAGAAGCGAGUUUUAAAGAAUGUGAACAGCUGAUAGGUGCUCCAAGAUCACUGAAUAUUAAGAAAUUCCAAAAUGGCGACGAGGAUAAAUUUUCAAUUUUACCGUUGAGAAACAUUGAUUAUAAAUCAGCAAAAGGAAAUUUUGUGACAAUUGGAAUUGGAAAAGACAUCACAGCCGAAUCAGCAUACAGAAAUGUGUCUCGAAUGACAAAAUUCUUUGGGGCUGAUCCAAUUUUCAUGGAUAAUUAUGAAUUGUAUUCAAAAAUCGGUCUGUAUUUUCCAUUAGCAAUUGGUGCAUCAGAUGGAUAUUCAACAGCUAGUGUUUUAUUAAAUAAUACAUAUCAGAACUUUAAUGUGUUUCAUAUUGAUUUGAUUUAUUUUUUCAAAAAUAUUCUGAAAAUUUCCACCAUUGAAAAUCUUUGGUUGGAUAAUGAAUACGCAGAGUACGAUUUGUUAGAAUAUUUUUAUAAAAAUGGACAAUUGGAUCAAAAUCAAAUUACCAUUUGCCAAUUCAAUAUUGAGGUACAUGAAUUUUUAAAUGUUUUUCUAGAAGUUCAUAAUCUACACCAUUUUUAGAUUCAUCUAGCUCAAAAUGACAAACAUUUUGUACAAUUUAAACAUUUCAUUCAAAAAAUUGUUGAAGAUCGAAAAUACGCAAUUCUGAAUCAUUUGCUAGUUGGCCAUCAUCGCAUGUAUCUUUUUAAUUAUGGAAACGAAUAUUGUGUACAGAAAUUUAUUUUUAAUAAUAGUAUAUUUGAUUUUCAGGGUCGAUAAAAUAUUACAUCCCUUAUUUUUGUAUUUUAACUGUACGAGUUUUCUAAAUACCUUUUUAUGUAAUAUCAAAAAAAUAAAACAAUUCUUUUUUUUACUGGAACUUCUGUUUUCUUGAAUACACUUCUCAUAAUUCUAAUUCUCAAAAAGUCUUCAAAACAUCUUGGACGAUACAAAUAUUAGAUUUAAUUUUAAUUUAAUUUAAUUUAAUUUUUAUUUACGCUGCGGAAAGGCAAACGUGUGAAAAUGAAAAACAUCAAGAGUAAAAACUUUGAGAUUAGGCAAGUAUUCGACAAGAAGGUGAUAAUUGGGAUUAAAAAAAAAAGAGUAAAAUGCAAAGGGCAAAAAAAAAUGAAAAUGAAGAAUCAUGCAAGCAAGUGGUAGUGAGAUGGGGAAAAAAAGAAAGAAAAAAAAAAGGGGAGAUUGAGAGUCGGGAAUAGAUGAUCUAUAUCUCAACCUUCGAAUGGUUCUGCGAUUCUGGAUUUCUUUGCUCUAACCUUUUGUUUAUGCGUGCAACUCGAUGUUUCUUGUGAUUGUUCAAACCACAAGCAAUCCAGUAAUAAAAAAUGAACAACUCAGGGAAUUACGCGCGAGGUUUCUGCGAUUUUCUGGCCAAAUAUCUCCGCGAAAUCGCGUUGAUUCCUUCUCUCCGAUUUCUCCGAGAGAUACUCUUCUCUCCGAAUUCGAGAACCUUUUCUACCGUGGCAUCUAUAACCUCUGGAUGAGUCGCCAACAUGUCCAUUUAGAUCAUCGCAGAUGAUGAUUCAAAAUGAAUUCUGUGGUAACUCAAAUAUUUUUCAAAGUCCUCGAUUGCCAAUUGUAUAUUCUGCACCAUGGUGUUUGCUGUGUACACCACAGACAAUUCGGAGAUCGACAAAAGUAUUGAACAUCUUAAAACUGGAACUAUUUUUGUCAAUAAAUUUUUUUCAAAAAAUGUAGUGAUUUUCAUAUAAAAAAUUAUUGCAUUUUCCAAAAAAAAACGUGAAGUUUUUCCUAAUCAAAACAAGAAAAAAACAAAAAUUGUAACGAUUUUAUCAUCGGUCUAUUCGCUACAUUUGGGCUUCGAAAAUAUGCUUGCGAAUUAUCAGCGUGACCUCAAAAUUUAUUUCAUUUCAUUAUGAAACUUGAAUUUUUAAAAUUGAAUGUAAUUGAAAAAUGAAAAUACCACGUUCAAGCAUCUUAGUUAGUACCGAUGUCAAAAUUGUUCUACAAAAAAUCGAGACGGAAAUAUCAGGAAACUAAUUUAAUUUUGUAAUAAAAUUUUCAACAUUAUGCUUUUUUCCAAAAAUUUUGGAGACUUCUGAAUUCUUAGACAUCUUAUAUAUCGGAAAUUGUAUCAUUUCAUGUGUUUUCUUCACAUUGCUUUUAAAUUCAAUAUUAAUACAUAUUUCUCGAUAUUUUCAAAAUAAGAAGAAUAUCAGAAGCUUAUAAAAAAUGUUAUUUCCUUCAUUGGACAGUCUAAUUUUAAUGAUUGUUGUGACCGAAUAUCGCAAAUAUAUUUCAUCAAUUUGGAGAAAAAGACGUCCUGAAAUAACAUAUACAACACACAGUAUUUCAUGGGGACGAUUCACAACUUGAAAAAAAAUUGAAUGUUUAUACUAUCUAUUGAAAUCUAAUCGGAAUGAAAAGAACAAAACACAUCAAGAUUAAGCCAAUACUAUAAAUAUCUAAAAUAUUGUAAGAAUAAUAAAGAUUCUAAAUGGCUCAAAAUAAACGACGAUUUUCAGUAUUAUUGCUAACUUCACUUAUUUUUAUAAUAGCUUGGCAAUGUUUUAAGAAAAAUCCAAAUGAAAAACAAUCUUUUUUGGGAAAUGUUAUUGAUAAUCAUGGAGGGCAAAACUCGGUUGAUUAUUUUCUUGCUGUUCAACCAUAUAAACAGUUCUUGAAUGGAAAUUCUGAUCAAAUUCACAAAGAGGAUUAUUAUGACUCGUGAGUUUCCAAAAAAAUAUUACUCGAAGAAAAUCUGAUUUGUAUAUUUUUCAGAAACAUAUGUCAGAUCCAAGACUGGAAUCAAGUUGAAACUAAUACUAUUCCAAAUGAAAUUUAUCACAAUUCAUUGAUGAAUAUGAGUGUUGCGAAGAAAAAUAUAUUGUUCAACAAAACACCGAGUCCUUUUUCAGCUUUUGCGUAUUCUGAUCAUAUUGGUGUUACUUUAACGUCUGAAAGAAACUUUUCGUAAGUUUUUUUUUUGAAAAACUGAAAUACAUUUUAAUUAUAAUUUUUCUAGUGAUGUUGUCUUCUGUCGUUACUAUGAUUGCAAAAUGAGAGAAUUGAUAGGAAAACAUUUCGUAUCAAAACAUUUUCCACAGUCCACAGUUUUUUGUGGUCGUCGGAAAGGCGCUGAAUAUAUUUCUAUUACAGAAAAAUUGGAAGAUGAAGCCGAAUUUCCUAUCAAAAUAAUAAGAAGAGAUUUUAAAAGUAGGUUUGAAUUUUAGGUCUUAAGUACGCAGUCAAUUCACCCUUAACUGAGUAUCAAAUAUGUGCAGUCAAUACUACAGUAAUCCAAUUCCAGGAAAAGAAAACCAAUAUACUUUUUUCAUGUCUAAAAACAUCACAUCCCAGAUUUUUGUUUUUCAGAACCUCCACAUUUUUUAACUGUAUGUUUGGCACCACUUUAUGGAGAUGAGCCAAAAUUUUUACAAAUAGUUGAUUUUAUUGAAUAUCAUAAACUUCAAGGUGCAACAUUUUUCCAUAUUUAUGUGAGAAAUGUUUCAAAUUAUGAUAGAAUUCUUCUCGAUGAUUAUGUUAGAACUGGGGAAGUUGAACUAAUUCAGGUUCACGAUCAUUAUUGGAGAGCUGAUUUUAUGUGGCAUAGAGUACAAAUAAAUGUGGGCUUCGAUUCAUAAAAUAGUUUCAUCUCAAAUAAGUAUAUAAUUUCAGGACUGCCACUUCCGUAGUAAAUAUUUUUCAAAAUGGACAGCAUUUAUAGACAUUGAUGAAAGAAUUGAAAUGAAAAGAUAUCCCGAACUACGAAUUGUUGAUCUUCUUGAGUUAGUUGAAGUUCUCAAGAACAAAAAUAGAAAUUCUAAUUUCAGCCAAACAACUCCAAAUGUUUCCACACUUCAUUUUUCAAUUGAUUGGAUAAUAAAAGAUCAACUUUCUCCAGAAAAAUAUAUAAAUGACAGUCAAUUGGAAGAAGAAAUGAUUUUUCGGAAAUUCACAAACUCAUCUUCAAAACCUGAUACCUAUUUGCAACCUAAAUGUAUAAUUCGACCUGAUAGAAUUGCUAUGAUGUCAAUCCAUCAUCCUCCAGCAGUUUAUGAUGAAUCAAAAAUAUCAAUUGUGAAUCAUCGAAUCGCGGCUAUUCGACAUUAUCGAAACUCGUUUCACAAACUUUUCCCAAAAUCAGUCCCAAGAAUGGUGAAAUAUGGUCCAUUUAUUCAAACUUCUAUUGCACCAUGGAUUUCUAGAGAUUUGACGCGAAAUAUUUUGAAACGGAUCAAGUAUUUAUAUGAUAUUGAGAUUCCUUCAAUUGAUGAACAAGAACAUUGUUAUGCUAGGGAAGGAAGUAAGAUGACUUUAUGUGGCUUUGAGAAAACUUAUUCAGGAAGACUGAGAAAAUAG